AUGCCAAAGCCAGCCAAAGAUCAACGCUCUCCCAUGCGGACAGCAAGGCGACUCCUCGCCUCCUCUGCUUCUAGCGCUUCAGGCACCAUCGUCAACUUGAGGCUCAUUUCCAAGCCGUGCACACGGAUAAAGCUGUGCGUCGAAUACAGGAAGUUGAUCACAGCGACGAAGAAGGACGCCUUUCCAUUACCCCACAUCAAUGAUUCGCUAAACCCCCUACCGAAAUUAAACGGAUUUCCUACCCUAGAUACCGGAGAAUGCUGGCUGGUAGUGGUGCAAACAGUGGCCGCCCACAAAGGGGCGCACCAAGGAUGGCCCGGUCGCAUGUGCGCUUUGGGCGAUAAGCGUUCAGUGGAUGCAGGUCGCGUGACGAAGGGAAUGGGGGCCGAGGAGGGGGAGGAGGAGGAGGAGGAGGAGGGAGGGGGGGGAGGAGGAGGAGACAAAUGCCGAGUUGUUGAUAUUGGGACGGUGAUUGCUUCCAAUAUAGGCGCAACGUGGUGCUUACGAUCCACCGCAGGCGCUACAGCAAUGCAAUCACUGUACACAAGUAAGCAAUUCGAUGUGGCACCUUUGGUGGCACUCAAAUAUAAUCUGAUGGAUCCCAAAACCCGCACGUCCGCAGACACUUACGCCAACAUCAGCAAUCACCAUGAGGACACUAUGCGAAUGCUGAUGGCUAGCGAUUCAGAGAAAAGUGCGGUACAAGUGUGGAGGCAAUUCAUGCUGGGCCUCAUGAUUCUCCACUUCGUGUACGGCCGGUGGAGGCGGGACAGACGUCGGCGACUUGUCGCAAGACGUAUAGACUGGCCCCACAACGCAACUGCGUGUGGUAAGGCUCACUUCACGACUCUUUACGUCCUCACACAUGAAAGACGGGUUUCUUUCUUCAUCACUGCCUCUUAUCUAGCCUUUGCAGAACAACCACCUACGGCUACUGGCGGUAAAAAGCCCCCUUCAGUGGUUAGGAAUGUGUUUCCUCUAUCACCAAGAUCGCCACUACCAGGAUCGAUGGCAUCCCUUUCGCCGUUCCUGCUGCCAUUGCUUCCUCUUUCUCUGCCGAAGCCAAUGUGGAAGUCGACAGCAACGUCCGCGCCUUAUCAACCGAUAUUGAAUUGGAUAACUCACCCACCGCUAUCCAUCCCAGCGUUGUUCACUCAUGGCAAGUCUCCACUCACAGCUGAAGUCGCACUCUCCUCCCCUAUCUGCAUUUCGCCAAGUUUAACAUUAACCUACCCUUUAUUGUUAAAUCACAAAGAAACGUCAGCACCAGGACCAGAAGCUGUAGCCGAUGAAACAAAAGAAGUGGGAGUUGGGGAGGCAUCAGGAGAGGGAGGUGGUGGUGAGGAGGAAGAGAAAAUUGAGGAGUUCUUUACCGUGGGAACGGCACUGUGGCAUAACAGUCAGGAGGAAACGAUUACGGGAUUUUACUUCUUUCCCAUUACUGAUGCGUGGUGCGCGUCCCCUGACAGCACGGACACCACAUCCAGCCUGUCCUCCACUGACGAGGGCAUGUGCCGUACAGGUGGAGAGGACCCAGCGUUACCGGCGUUACCGGCACCAUGCGAGUCGAAGUCGUCGUGGGUCAAGCGUCUACGACGACGUCUAAAGCAUCUGUUCUGUUGUUGUUUUUCACCAGCAUGUGAUUAG